ACAACGACAGCUCUACCUCUGCCACUUACUUCCACCAAAUUUCUCCGCUCACAAACUAAUACCACCUUCGACCAGUGUCUGCUAUCCAUCAUGGCUGCUACCACUACCAAGACUGCGACACCGAAGGCAGCCAGCACCGCGGGUGUCAAGAAGGGUGCUCCUAAGGGCGGUCGCAUCGCUAAGAAGGGCAACGCAAGGAAUGCCAUGAUCAGGAUGCAAGCAUACUUCAAGGCCCACCGCGAUGAGUACAAGGAUCUCUCUUUAAAAGAGCAACAGCAAGAGCUUGGCAAGAAGUGGAAGGCUUCACCAGAGAACCCUAAGAACAACGCCUAACCUUACAUGGAGCUGUUCAACAGCUUUCACUUUCCUCUGUCUACUGUGAGAAUACAGUCGAAUAGGGACUACCCUUUACUUUCAUCAGUCAUAUUCUCUUUCCUGGUCUUAUCAUGGAUUGAUGUA